AUGGCUCCACCAUUGGUAAUCGAGAGCAAGGCCGUUAAUUAUUUACGCGCCAUCCCCACCUUCAACCUUCGAAAGAACCCCCAUAGACCAGAAAUUGCCUUGCAACUUCAGGAUAUUCAAAUUGAUUUCGUCCUGCGUAACUAUGAUAAAACUAUUCAUUUUGGAAUCACAGAUACGCAGCGUCGAAUGGAACCUCAGUUUGACCUCAAGCUAAGUGUCAUAACAAAUGAGACAGGAGAUAGGAUUUCUCCCCCAUUGUCUCCAGCUAGCGAAGACGCAGCAACUUCACCCAGCGAGAUCGCCAGUAAAAGCUACAAUGCUAAACGCCAAACCGAAGUAAAAGCCUAUCUUCGGUUUAUUAAGACAGGCCAUGAAACCAUCAAACAGCUUGAAGCUUUUCAUCAAUACCGCGAUGAAAGAGGUAAACUCAUACUAGCCCAAUUUUACAGGCUUUGUGACGCUGGCACUGUCAAGCAAAUUCGUGCAGUUUACAACGCCCGUCAAAAACGGCCACCCGAAGCAUUCUUGUGGAAACUCUAUUACGAGGUUAUUGAUGCUCUGGCUUUCCUUCACAAUGAUCAUCCGAAGUAUGAGAACGAUCCUUUACACAAAGGGCGUAGGUCAAUUAUCAUGCCAUACUUAGACGCCGGAAAUAUAUAUCUCUCCUGGCCCGAGGGCGGGUCGCCGAGCUACGUAUAUCCAGACGUAAAGCUGGGAGACUUCGAUGCAGCAAAUUUUGUUGAAUUCGGAGAUGGAUUUUCAGAGGACAUCGUCGACAAAGCCGACAUCGAUUACAAGCACAAUCCCCCCGAAUUAAAUUGGUGGAGUGCCAAAAGCGAUAUUUGGCGUGCCGGCUCAAUCAUAUACUCGCUAACUUCGCGGAACAGAACAACCACUAAGCUAGCGGUUCCUAGAGACCAAAACUUUGCAGAUCUUACAGCGGAACAGCAGACAUUGAUCACAAUGGAUCCCAGAAGGGUUCUGCCCAUCGACUGCCUGUACAGUGGAGAAUUUGAAGCUAUGCUUCAAAGAUCCUUAGUGCUUGAUCAUAAGAAAAGACCUUCCGCUAGAGAAUUGUUACAAGAACUUCAAGGUCCGGCAACAGAAAGAAAGCGCAAUUUGGACUUGUUUAGGGCAUUGCCUGAAUGGAUUGGAGAGGAAAUCAUCCCGAGAAAGAAGAAUGAUUUUGCAAAAGAACAUAGCUUCUCCCAGAAAAGGCUCAAGAAUUUACUUCAACCUGGUGUGUUGGAAGCAGAGAGAUUAGCAAACCGGAAAAAAAUAAUAGCCAAGAAAAAAGAGGCAGCUGAAAGGAGAAAACGAGAGGUGGCAUUAGAUUUGCUGGGUGAUGAAAAUCCAACAGCAGUGGAGCUAUUUUACGAGGAAUGGCUACCCAGGGAGAAAGAGAGAGGGAAUUUCCUCGGGAGGGGGGAGGAUGAAUAUGAUGCUCUCGAAUUCGCAGAUGAAGUUGCCAAAUAUAUAAUGGUCAGGAGCAGAGGAAUAGACGCCGGAACUUGGGUUGAUCCAGGUCCGGGUUGGCAAGAAGUAGAGAAACUCGGAAAAGAAGCCGAGGCUGCCGCGGCUGCUCCACCACCAUAA